AUGGCUACAGAUAUUUACACAAGGGAGCUUCGUCAGCCUAUAGACGUUGCUGAAUACCUGUUCCGACGACUGAAAGAGGUCGGUGUCCGUUCGGUUCACGGUGUCCCAGGUGACUACAACCUUGCAGCGCUAGAUUACCUGUCGAAAUGCGGGCUCCAUUGGAUUGGAAACUGCAAUGAACUCAACGCAGGAUAUGCUGCGGAUGGUUAUGCCCGAGUUAACGGAAUUGCAGCUCUAGUGACCACAUUUGGUGUGGGUGAGCUGUCAGCGAUUAACGCCAUUGCGGGAGCAUACUCGGAAUAUGUGCCUAUUGUCCAUAUUGUUGGUCAACCACACACAAGAUCGCAGAAGGACGGGAUGCUACUCCAUCAUACGCUAGGAAAUGGAGACUACAACGUGUUUACCCGGAUGAAUGCUGAGCUCUCUUGCAGCGUUGCACGUUUGGAAGACACACACGAAGUGGCCACUCUCAUAGACAAUGCCAUUCGUGAAUGCUGGGUCCGCAGUCGCCCUGUCUACAUCACACUCCCUACCGACUUGAUUGUGAAGAAGAUCGAGGGAGAGCGACUGAAGACGCCCAUUGAUCUCUCACUCCCAAAGAAUGACCCCGAGAAAGAGGACUAUGUCGUCGACGUCGUCUUGAAGUACCUACACGCCGCCAAGAAGCCUGUGAUCCUGGUGGAUGCUUGUGCUAUUCGCCAUCGAGUCCUCGAAGAAGUUCAUGACCUGGUGAAGGCCUCUGGGCUCCCGACUUUUGUGGCUCCAAUGGGCAAAGGAGCUGUGAGCGAGACGCAUCCGAACUACGGCGGAGUUUAUGCAGGGAAUGGGUCAAAUCAAGGUGUUAAGGAACAAGUCGAGUCGUCUGAUCUCGUCUUGAGCAUCGGUGCGAUCAAGUCUGACUUUAACACGGCUGGAUUCACAUACCGCAUUGGCCAGCUGAACACCAUUGAUUUCCAUAGCACGUAUGUGCGAGUUCGCUACUCCGAAUACCCAGAAACCAACAUGAAGGGUGUCUUAAGAAAAGUGGUCGAGAGAAUGGGUGCUGUGAAUACCGCACCAGUCCAGCCGAUCACCAAUGCUUUACCGGAGAGCGAGAAGGAUUCGAAGCAGCAGUUGAUCACUCAUUCCUACUUAUGGCCAACAGUCGGACAAUGGUUGAAGGAAAACGACAUUGUCAUCACGGAAACAGGGACGGCAAACUUUGGUAUCUGGGAGACUCGGUUCCCGCCAGGUGUUACAGCCAUCAGCCAAGUUCUCUGGGGUAGUAUUGGUUACUCUGUUGGAGCUUGUCAGGGUGCAGCCGCUGCUGCAAAGGAACAGAAUAACCGCCGGACCAUCCUCUUCGUUGGUGAUGGCAGUAUCCAACUCACUCUGCAGGAAGUGAGCACCAUGGUUCGAAACAAGCUCAAUCCAAUAAUUUUCGUGAUCUGCAACGAAGGCUACACUAUCGAGAGAUACAUCCAUGGAUGGGAACAGAGCUACAACGAUAUUCAAGAAUGGGAUUUUGUGAGCUUGCCUCCAGCGUUUGGGGCAAAGGACAAAUACAAGGGAUACCGGGUUAAGACAAGAGACGAGCUCAACAAGCUCUUUGCGAACCAAGAAUUCGCUUCAUGUCCACAUCUGCAGUUAGUUGAAGUCCACAUGCCUCGUGAAGAUGCCCCGGCGCCUUUGAAAUUGACGGCGGAAGCGGCCGCCGCGAGGAACAAAUAA